AACGAGCUGCACACAAAGGUAGCAUCCGCUGUCGGACAGCCUGAAAGCAACAAGCUUGACCGGACGAAACGCUCACUGCUGCAGUGUCGUGCACUCUGAUUUGACUGGACUAGCAACAAAACGAGCAUAUUUAAUCCUCACUAAGCGUUGUGUAGGCUGCUUGUAAGGACACCUGCAGUGGUCAAAGUCCGGACUCUCCGUGGCAGGGCAUAUCAUCCCUGGAAGAAGAAACCAUUUACGUAUCGAGGAAAACAAUCUGCACUUUCAGAGUUGAACUGGAGGAAGGAAGAUGUCGGCGGUUUAUAAAGAUGCCCAGGAGGACUGGCUGACGGUGUGUCUCAAGUACCUGCUCUUUGUUUUCAACUUUCUCUUCUGGGUGGGUGGAGCAGCUGUUUUGGGUGUAGGAGUCUGGACACUGGUGGAGAAGAGUGACUACUUGAGCCUGCUGGCCUCCAGCACUUUUGCUGUAUCAGCAUAUAUCCUCAUCCUGGCCGGCAGCCUGGUGGUGGUUACGGGCUUCUUGGGCUGUUGUGCUGUCAUCCGGGAGCAGAGAAGCUGUCUAUCCAUGUAUUUCUUCUGCCUGCUGGUGAUCUUCUUGAUUGAACUGGUGGCUGGAGUGCUGGCUUAUGUCUAUUACCAGAGGCUGAGUGAGGAGCUGAAGCAACAUCUCAACCAGACUAUGACAGACAACUACGCUCAACCAGGGAAGGAGGCCAUCACAUUAGCUGUGGACAGACUACAACAGGAUUUCAAGUGCUGUGGCAGCAACAACUCCCAUGAUUGGAUGGUGAGUGCAUACAUUUCAUCAAAGGUGGCAGAAGGCAGGCUGGUGCCCGACAGCUGCUGUAAGACAGUUACCCUUUAUUGUGGCAAGAGAGACCACCCCUCCAACAUCUACAAGGUGGAGGGUGGUUGCAUCACCAAGCUGGAGCAGUUUCUGGCUGACCACCUGUUGGUCAUUGGUGCUGUGGGAAUAGGAGUGGCUUGUCUGCAGCUGGCCGGUGCAGUCUUGACAGCCUGCUUUAUCUAUCUGCUCUAUAAAGAAGAGGAAGACGACUUCGGUGCAUUGUGAUUUAGUUCAACAGCGUCUUUGUGGUUUAAUCAACUGGAGAUUUGAGAUCUGUGGGAUGGUGUUCACCAGCUGCUUGUACAAAAGGAUCAAGAUGGACCCUUACUAAGUACACCAGGCCCCCCUGACACACCACCUUCAACAGGCAGACGGAAUAAUGACCUGCUGACACCUUAACUUCAACCUCUGAAUCUUGAACCCUGACCUGGUGAUAUAAUCCAAAUGCACAGACCCAUUCCAGGUCCAUCACAGUCAGAAACAAAUUGUGCCAUUGACCAACCUCUUGUACAGUAUUGUAGUGUACUGUAUGUUACAAUGUACUUUAUGUACAUUCAUAUAUUUGUGAUACCUGACUGAUCCAAGCCUACUGGAACAACAUGUCUGUUUGCGUCAUUGCCUUGGCUUGGAUGCAUGCUUUAGUUUGAGCAGGACGAAAGAAAGGGACAUACAUUCCCAUAAUGCAUUCUACUCUGUUCAACUACUGAUGAUCUGAUGUUCUCACUGUGCAGAAAUUUAUAGUAGUGUGUUUUUUGGGCCAUUCUAGUACUUGAGUAAGGGCACAGUGUAAAAGGGCAAAGUGUACGCUGGUGUCACUUGAUGAAGAAAGGUAAUUUAUGGUAAUAUCUUUGUGAACACAAUGUAUCUUUUUCACAAUCCUGCUGUUAAAUAAUUACGUAUUAAUUCUGUGGCUGAAAUCUUGUAAAGGGAGCUGACUGCGCUGUUUUAAAUGGCAGCAAAUUAACUCAAGUUUACAACUCUUUACAUUUUUACUGAUGUCUAUAUUCCUGAGCACUGAAUGGUGAACUGUAGCAUAGUUAUUUAAAUGAACUGAACACCAAUGGUAACAAUCAAGUGUAUGGCUACAAACAAUAAGGUCUUCCCAGACAGUCUAUUAACUAAAUGAAAGUCAUUUUCUCAAAAGGUUGCCAGAUCCCUGAAUGUAUAGCUCCAUCUAGUGGUUGGCACUGCCCAUAUAUCAUGUGUGUGAUGUUAUAACUGUAUGCUGCACUUGUGUUCUGAUACCAUAGUAUGAAAUUCAGAAUUUCACAAUACAUCAGUAUGAAGUAUUUAUCUUAAUAUGUAACACUAAAGAUAUAUAUAUACAUGUCAGACGCUAGAUUGUAACAUUAACACACAUUGCCUUCUCUGAAUUUUAGACUUUAUUUUCAUACCUUCCAAGACACACUGAGGAUUUAUUCUCUACAGUGAAGAAGCUGACUUCUACUAUAGAAAGCUUUUGGUUUUUCUUUACUGCUUAAUUUAUCCCUUGCCUUCCUCCAUAGCUAUUACAUAAUUAACAAUGAGUGGCCUUGUUGCCACUAUUCUGUAGAGGUGGUAAGUCUUGGCUUUACUCUUGUGGAUCAUAAGUAAGUAAGUAAUAAAUAUGUACUGUCUGGAAACAGCUGUUUCUGUUUCAAAGAUGAAAAAGUGAAAUAUCUAUUUAAUUUUUCUGUUCAUUUAAAUCCUUUACAACUAACACCUUUGCGAAGACUACUCUGUAAGGGGACCUCAUAGAAUUUUUAAAAAUAAUUUCCCCCUGAUUUGACUUACAAAAGAAGGGUGCUAAUGUCUGUGUAUAUAUUGUUGUUGAUAGGAUGAUGAAAAAACAUAACCAUGUGCUCCAACUACUAAUUGUGCUAUUGAAAAGAUUGAUAUGAAACUCAAAUAAAUAUUGUCGCAUUAUA